UUUAUGCAAAAAAAUAUUCUCAUCAAGUCAAAAAAAAAAGUAUGAAAAUUAAAAAACCUAAAAAAAAUUCACCUGCAAAAGAAAGUGUUACAUUUAAAGAUAAAGUAAAAAUUGUUAAAUUAAUGUUUGAUAAUCCUAGCUUGAAAAUUGAAGAAAUAAAAGAAUUAAGUGGAUGUGAUGUAUUGGAAAAUUUUAGUCAAAUUUAUAAAUGGGCAAAUCAAGUUGACACUCAAGGAUCAUUCAAAAGUAUUAUGGGAGUUAUUAAUGAAUCAGUUUAUCAAAAAUAUAAUGAUAAUAUAAAUAUUAUUAAUAAAAAUAAUAUUGAUGGUUUAUUAUACAAAUGGGGAAUGGAAGCAAAAAAAAGUUUUUUUCCAAAUAGAGAUAUUAAUUUUAAAGCAGGCAAAGAUUGGAUUAAAAAUUUUAAAUUUGCAAAUAAAAUUAAUAUUAAUACUGAUCCUCCAAAACAACUGACAAGAAGUGUUGACAUGGUGCUAAGAGUCAAGAGAUUACGUGAAGAAGAAGAUGAUGAUGAUGAUGAUGAUGAAGUUGCAAUUAUCAAGGAAAGAAAAAAAACUGGUAAUAAGAAAAUAAAAAGACGAACUCUACCAUCAUUUGAGGAUAAACAAAAAAUUGUUAAAUUAUCAAAUGAAAAUCCUGAUUGGAGUAUAGAUACAUUAAUUAAAAUGUGUGGAGUUGAUUGUGUUAUUGAUGAGGAAAAAAUUGAAAAGUGGAAAAAAGAACUAAAAAAAGGAGGUUCAUUACGUGACAAACAUAAACUACUCAAUUCUUGGGUGUUGGCAAAAUUCGAUGAGCAUCGUAAAAAUAUGAUUCCAGUAAACUUUGAAAUGAUUAAAGAUUGGGGAGAUGAAGGAAGAAAAGAAUUAAAUAUUCCAAAACUUGCAUCAAAUGAAAGUACAUGGGUUAAUCGUUUUAAAAAUAAAAAUCAAGUUUUUGGAGAUGAUAAUGAUUUACAGCGUAAACCAUAA